AUGUUACUUCCAAAGGGCGGGAUGACGUGGAAGUCCACACAGGCCAAGCUUCCCCCAUGGAGGGCGGUAUUGAGCCUUCUGUCAAAGCCCCGAUUUAUACUCACCGCCGCGCUUCUGGGAUUGGUAAUGUUGCUGUGGAGAGGUAUCAGUCAUUCGGCGUCGGAGAUGCAGAGCUUCUAUUGUUUCGGACCGUCGAAACCUCCACAUAGAAUGACUGCCAACGAAAUGGUUGACUGGCAUGCCCAUAUGCAGACGCCUGUGUUGUUCAACCACCAUGAACCCUACGAGGUCAACUCAAGCACUAUUCAAACAGUUGAUCUUAACACUGUUCAUUCGACUCCCAAAGCUCUUCAAAACAAGGAACGGAUCCUCAUUCUCACUCCUCUUCGAGAUGCCUCGCAGUACCUAGGCAAAUAUUUUGAUCUCAUCUCUGAAUUGACCUAUCCUCACGAACUUAUCGAUCUAGCCUUCCUCGUCGGCGAUUCCAAAGAUGACACUUUGGCAGUCUUGUCAGCUGAACUGGAUCGGGUUCAAAGGAUGGGAGGAAAGAUUCCGUUCCGAAGCGCAAUGAUUGUCCAGAAGAACUUCGGGGUCACAAUGAAGAUGGAAAUUGAGGAAAAGCACGGCUAUGAAGCCCAAGCACCCAGACGGAAAGCGAUGGGGAAAGCUCGAAAUUUCCUUCUCUCUGCUGCUCUUAAGCCGGAGCAUUCUUGGGUGUAUUGGCGUGAUGUCGAUAUCGUGGACAGCCCGAAGAAGAUCAUUGAGGAUUUCGUGGCUCAUGACAAGGACAUUCUCGUUCCAAAUAUCUGGUUCCACCGAUAUGAUGAGCAUGGGCGGGAUAUCGAAGGUAGAUUUGAUUACAACUCAUGGAUUGAAUCCGACAAGGCGAGAAAGCUGGCUUCCACACUUGACAAGGACACCAUUCUCGUGGAGGGCUACAAAGAAUUUGAUACUGGACGGACAUACCUUGUCUCAAUGGGUGACUGGAGAAAGAAUAAAGAUGAAGAAGUUGAGCUGGAUGGCAUUGGCGGCGUUAACAUUAUCGUCAAGGCGGAUGUUCACAGAGCAGGUAUCAACUUCCCCUGCUAUGCAUUUGAAAACCAGGCCGAAACAGAGGGCUUUGCGAAAAUGGCGAAACGAGCAGGUUAUCAAGUCGUGGGACUUCCCAAUUACGUCGUCUGGCACAUUGACACUGAAGAGAAAGGUGGCAAUCUCGGCGGCCGCAAGGCCUAUUGA